AUGAAGCUAUUUGCGCAUCCAAAAUGCUUGACCGAAGCGAUAGCACCAGUGAUAACUCUGAACAAUUUAAUGGGACUUCGUGUUUUUAAAUAUCGUGGUCAGCCAAGACCUAUACUCAGCCUGAUCUAUCUUUUGUUUCUUUAUUGUUUGUACUGUAAUGGCUCGUUGUAUUGGACAGAAGAAUAUUAUAUGGAUAUUAAAUUAUUGAAGUUGGAAUAUUUUUUGUACACAAUGUUGAACAAUAUUAUUAUUUAUUUGACUCUCGUUAAAUUGUUGCUGGGCUGGUGGUACUCGAAGAAGUUCAACGAUUGCUAUAAACAUAUCUUUGAAAUCGACGAAACAUUGCGACAGCUUGGAUCAACUGUGAACUAUGAUAGAAUAUAUUUUAUAACGAUCGGAGUAAUGACCACCUGGUUUACAUUCAAUUUCUGUACCUGCAUUGUGGUUUUCAUUGUAAUGCGAUUGCAUUCAAAUUUAUAUACUACGAUCGGCACACUAGUGGUAUAUUCGUAUGGACUGGCUGUCAAUUCCAUUAGCAUUUUUGAUUUCUACAUAUUUGUAAAAUAUUUACAAAUGAGAUUUGAUUUGAUCAACCAACUCUUACAUGAACAUUCAAUGUUAUCGACAAAAAAGAUAAAAUUAGGCUUUUUUGAAAUGCAAGAUUAUACUAAAAUCAUGGAUGAUGAGCAACGAUGUUCGUUUUCCAUAAACAUGUUAUCUCAAUGGUGUCAACAGAUACAAUCUAAAGAAAAUAUUUUUAUAUCAAAAAAACGAAAAUUGCAGAUUCAAUCGAGAUUUUCCAAUCAAGAUUCUCCAUCUCAUUUUCAGAAACAGUUUCAAGGAAAAUUUCAAAAUCGAUCUCAACAACAGAAUUCCGUAUUAACGGAAUGUCAGAAGCGUAAAUACCUGUUACAAAUAAUCAAACAGGUGCACCUACAAUUAUGUAAAGUAGCAAAAACAGUAUGUUUUAUCCUCGGUGUACAGACAGCUUUCGAGAUAGCAGUGAUUAUUAUGUUUCUCACUGGAUCUCUCUACAAUAUAUACAUUCGAUAUAUUGCGCCACAAUACAAAAUCACAGACAGUUUGUUGCAGCAAACAGCUGUGACGAUCAUAGUGAAUAGUUUUCAUUUACUAAAAAUUAUAUUUUUAAGUCGCGUUUGCAAACAUGCGGCUGAUAAGGGAAAUAAAACUAUCGAGAUAAUUUAUUCGAUUUAUGGAUGCGACACAGAAUCUGGUGUGCAAGAAGAGAUUCAGCAAUUUGGAAUUCAAAUAUUACAAAAUCCGGUGAAAUUUAGCGCAUAUGGUAUUUCUUUAGAUAAUCAUGUUCUAACUAUGAUGUUGAAAGCUGUAACAACUUAUUUGGUUAUUAUGAUUCAAGUGAGCAACUCAUUGGAAUCGAAUAAAACUAUUCAAAAUGCAUAA